UCUGCGGAAUCACCAUGGCGGCUGGGACCCUGUACACGUACCCUGAAAACUGGAGGGCCUUCAAGGCCCUCAUUGCCACUCAGUACAGCGGGGCUCAGGUCCGUGUGCUCUCCGCACCACCCCACUUCCAUUUUGGCCAAACCAACCGCACUCCCGAAUUUCUCCGUAAAUUUCCUGCUGGCAAGGUUCCAGCCUUUGAGGGUGAUGAUGGAUUCUGUGUGUUCGAGAGCAACGCCAUUGCCUACUAUGUGAGCAACGAGGAGCUGCGGGGAAGUAGUCCCGAGGCAGCAGCGCAGGUGGUGCAGUGGGUGAGCUUUGCUGAUAGCGACAUAGUGCCACCAGCCAGCACCUGGGUGUUUCCUACCCUGGGCAUCAUGCACCACAACAAGCAGGCCACAGAGAAUGCAAAGGAGGAGGUGAGGCGAAUUCUGGGGCUGCUGGAUGCUCACUUGAAGAUGAGGACUUUUCUGGUGGGCGAACGUGUGACGCUGGCUGACAUCACAGUUGUCUGCACCCUGUUGUGGCUUUAUAAACAGGUUCUGGAGCCUUCUUUCCGCCAGGCCUUCCCUAACACCAACUGCUGGUUCCUCACCUGCAUUAACCAGCCCCAGUUCCGGGCUGUCUUGGGAGAGGUGAUACUCUGUGAGAAAAUGGCCCAGUUUGAUGCUAAAAAGUUUGCAGAGAGCCAGCCUAAAAAGGACACCCCACGGAAGGAGAAAGGUUCUCGAGAAGAGAAGCUGAAGCCCCAGGUGGAGCAGAAGGAGGGCAAAGAGGAGAAGAAGGCGGCCACCCCUGCUCCUGAGGAGGAGCUGGAUGAAUGUGAGCAGGCGCUGGCUGCCGAGCCAAAGGCCAAGGAUCCCUUUGCCCAUCUGCCCAAGAGUACCUUUGUGUUGGAUGAAUUUAAGCGCAAGUACUCCAACGAGGAUACGCUCUCUGUGGCGCUGCCGUACUUUUGGGAUCACUUUGAUAAGGAUGGCUGGUCCCUGUGGUACUCUGAGUAUCGCUUCCCUGAAGAGCUCACCCAGACCUUCAUGAGCUGCAACCUCAUCACUGGAAUGUUCCAGCGAUUGGACAAACUGAGGAAGAAUGCCUCCCGUGAUGACCAUCUUCUAGCCUAG